GCUUACCACAGAUACCACCACCACCCACCAACUCGUAUUCACAUGCUACCACUCUCUCUCUCUCUCUGCGAUCGCUCGAUCCCCCCGUUUCUGCUUUGAAAAACCAUGGUCGUUUACUCGUCUCACUGAGUAUUUUCCGUUUAAACAUCCACCUAAAAAUAGUUCACCACCUCAUCACUCUCUGCUUCUCAAACAGACAACGCGAAACACUCUCCCAGCCUCCCUCUCCCACGUGAAACUAAGCCUUUAUUUUUUUUUUCCGUCCUCUCUCCCUCACUCUCACUUGUCCUCCCCACUCGCUUAUUUAACUCCCAUCCCCUUCUUCAGGGUUCAUCACGUCUGGGCCUAAGCCACUAGCCUACCCCACAACCCACCCCCACAUCCUCUUCUCCUCUCCCCUUCUGCGCCUCUCUUCUCCCUCUCUCCACUUCUUUCUUAUCUCCCUUCAUCUCUCUUUCUCUCCCCCUAUGGAGUUGGGUUUGGUCUCUAAGGAUACAAGUUGGUGGGUUUUUACACUACCAGCUUUUCUUGGAACCAGAAACUUAUUUGAUGGGUUGAUCUUGCUCGCUGUCCUUCUGGCUUCUGUGUCUGUUGGGCUUCUCACCUGGGCAUUUGCCGUUGGUGGGAUUGCUUGGAAAAGUGGGAGGAAUCAAAGGGGACGUGCUUCAAUCCCUGGACCACGAGGCCUUCCGGUCUUUGGUAGCCUAUUCAGCUUGAGCCGCGGCCUGGCUCAUCGAACCUUAGCUUCCAUGGCCUCGACCCUAGGCGCUACCCAACUCAUGGCUUUUAGCCUGGCUUCCACCCCGGUAGUCGUUGCCUCCGACCCACACACUGCACGGGAGAUCUUGACGUCUCCUUACUUCGCCGACCGCCCCCUUAAACAGUCUGCUAAGAAGCUUAUGUUUAGUCGAGCCAUUGGCUUCGCUCCUAACGGCACUUACUGGAGGCUUCUUAGGCGGAUUGCUUCAUCUCACCUCUUCGCACCAAAGCACAUUGCAGCUCACGAGACAGGCCGUCAGAUGGACUGCUCUGCCAUGUUGAAUGGCAUAGCCAGGGAGCAGUCUGCUCGUGGUGCCGUGACCUUGCGCAAGCACCUUCAAGCUGCAGCGCUUAACAAUAUCAUGGGAAGUGUAUUUGGCAAGAGGUACGAUGUGGAGCAAGAUAGCGAAGAGGUGAGAGAGCUCCGUGAGAUGGUGAAGGAAGGGUUUGAGCUCCUGGGCGCUUUUAACUGGUCCGAUUAUCUGCCGUGGCUGAGUUACCUAUACGAUCCUUUCCGUAUUAACCAACGAUGCUCGGCUCUUGUUCCUAGAGUGAGGAAGCUCGUCCGUGGGAUCAUUGAGGAACACCGACGGCGUGGAAGUGGUAAAGUCUCUGAUAACGCCGAUUUUGUUGAUGUUCUUCUCUCUCUCGACGGUGAAGAGAAGCUCGGAGAGGAUGACAUGGUUGCUGUUCUUUGGGAAAUGAUCUUCCGGGGAACUGAUACGACAGCUCUUCUGACCGAGUGGGCCAUGGCGGAGUUGGUCCUGAACCCGAGCAUGCAAGCCAAACUUCAAAGCGAACUGGACAUGGUCGUAGGUGGCAGGUGCGUUACAGAUGCAGACGUGGCUAACCUACCCUACCUUCAAGCAGUGGUGAAGGAGACACUUAGGGUUCACCCACCAGGGCCGUUGCUUUCAUGGGCCAGGUUGUCGACGUCGGACGUAGAGCUAAGCAACGGAAUGCUUAUCCCCGCCAACACCGUGGCUAUGGUCAACAUGUGGGCCAUCACCCACGACUCCAAAGUUUGGGAGGAUCCUCUGGCUUUCAAGCCGGAGAGGUUCGUGGAGAGCGAAGGCGGCAUCAACCUCGAUGUCCGAGGCAAUGACACGAGGCUCGCCCCAUUCGGUGCUGGGCGUAGGGUGUGCCCUGGUAAGAACUUAGGUCUGGUGACGGUGAGCCUGUGGGUGGCCAAGCUGGUCCACAAUUUCAAAUGGGUGGUGGACCCCGAGAACCCAGUUGACCUAAGCGAGAUGCUGAAACUGUCCUGUGAGAUGAAGAAGCCUCUCUCUGCUGUGGCUGUUCCGAGGAAUGUCGUCAACUUCUAAGCUUUUUAUUAUAUAUAUAUAUAUAUAUAUUUAAUAUUAUUAAAUAAAAGAAGUAUAUAUAUAUAUAUAUAUAUAGGUUUUAUAAACUAUAUGGAAGUUUGCAUGAUAUAAGUAUAUAUGAGGAGUCUUAGUCUUAGGGCUUGGCGUGGUAAGUACUGGGAUGGGGGGACUAAUGUAUCCAAGUACACCGUUUGGUUUCUUUAUAAUUAAUAUCAAGUCGUGGUCUUGUAAGGAAUGUUGUUUUCUUCUCUUCAUAAAUAGUAAAAUGUUUCUAUU